AUGUUUGGAGCCUCUCUCGCCCCUCCCGACACAGCUGGCGAUGCGACUCGCUCACAGUGGCUUACCCGUGACGCUGCUGCUCGCCUAGCUGUUUGCAACCACUUACCGUUAGCCAAACGUGCUCAUUUUGGCCAGCACAAGACUGCUAAAGCCCUGUAUGCCGUUGUGGUCGCUCGUUACUCCUCCCCUGCCACUGCUGCUCUCGGCCGCCUUAUACUGCCCUACCUUUUUCUCGAGCUUUCCGCCUUUGCCACAGUCGAUAACCUCAUUACCCACCUUCGCACUAGCGACACUCGCUAUCGCGCCGGGCUUCCAGCCAAGUUUCUAGACAAGAACCCUUCCCCCAUGUACAUCACUCUCUACUUCAUCGUCAUCCGCCUCCUUGACUCGCUUAGCGUAGUCAAGGACCCCUUUCUUGCCAUGGACCCCACAGACCUCACUGUCGACCUGCUCGAGAAGCACCUCCUUGCAAGUGAAGCUAGCGAGGUCGGGGCUGCGUCUGCUCCUAGUGGGAAGCGCCGCAGUGGCAAGGGCAAAGGAGGCAAGGGUGGUGGGGAUGGCAGCAGUGGAGGCGGUGGUGGAGGCGGUGGAGGCGGUGGAGGUGGCGGAGGGAGUGGUGGUGGGAGUGGAGGUGUUGGUGGCGGCGGUGGUGGCGGCAGUGGGAGUGGUGGUGGCGGUACUGAUGGUGGCAGUGGGAGUGGCGGCGGCAGCAAUGGUGGCGGUCGGGGUGGAACCGGUCAGAGGGGAGGUACUGGCGGUGGCCAGAGGCAGCAGCAGCAGCGUCCGCAUAGACCCUUACGCCCCAAGAGCUUUGUGAGAGGUUUGCUCAGCGUGAGGCGUCUGGGGUAG